CCUGCUGUUGAAACAGCGGAGGAAGCUAAGGAACCAGCAGAGGCAGACAUCAAUGAACUCUGUAAAGACAUGUUCAACAAAAUGGCCACUUAUUUAACAGGUGAACUGACAGCCACCAGUGAAGACUACAAACUCUUGGAAAACAUGAAUAAGCUGACUAGCCUGAAGUAUCUAGAAAUGAAAGAUAUUGCUAUAAACAUCAGUAGAAAUCUGAAGGAUUUAAAUCAAAAAUAUGCUGCUCUUCAACCAUAUCUGGAACAAAUCAACCUAAUUGAGGAACAGGUUGCAGCUCUGGAGCAGGCAGCUUAUAAAUUGGAUGCGUAUUCCAAAAAACUUGAAGCCAAGUACAAAAAACUGGAGAAACGAUGAAAUUACAAGAGUCUUUAAGUUGGAGUUGGGCUAUGAGUCAGACUGAUUUCUGUUUAAGUUGCACAACAGCAAUUCUGUAUGUUGACAAGGAUUUGGUUACAGCUAACAUCAAGACUGGUAACUUUUUCUAUCUAUUGAAUACAGUAGGCUGUAUUCAGGCUUAAGGCUGAAUAGUAUUUUCCUCUUCUCAAGAGGUUCUGUUGCCUCAGUCAUUCUGCAGUGAAAAGUAGAAGCCUGUCCCUAACUCAUAUGUUGAUACUGGCUAUCUGUGUGUUAGUCCUAUGUCCCACAUGAAAUACUCUGUCUAAGAAAAGCCCUCCAUAACCUAUAAAGACAUUUUCCCUUAGUAGCAGCAGGACCUAAACUUCAUUUUUUCCUUCAUUGAGCUCUGCGUUGAGAAGAUACCCGGGCCUUUGGAGUUAUGAGCAUGGUAUUGAAAACACUUCAUUUUUGGUAUCCACCUUUAUCUGUUAGAAAUAGAGAGACUAUUAUAAAUUUACAAUAAAACACCUUGCUGCAUUUGUCUCUCUGGAAUCUCAAAUUCCUGUUGGAACGAUUAUGUAAGUUGUCUUUUUAUUUUUUCCAAGGGUCUGUUAAUAAAGACAAACUCCUUCCAGC